AUGUUACCACCAACAUUCAUUCAACUGUUACUGUUACAAUCAUGCGCUGCUGCAUUAGCAACCGCUCCAUCAACACACUCUUCCGCUCGUUCCCGCUCAUGCUCGGAACAGCUAGGCUGUCUAAGGCAGGAAGACUCACAACUGCCGCAGAAACUUGACCAUCUUGGGAUAUGGGACGAGAUAUCAAGGACCAAGAGAGAUGGUGAUUCUGGAGGAAAUGGAAGGGGAGGAGGCGGAGGCGGAGGCGGAGGCAGAGGAGAAGGGGGACGCCGACCACCGAGUUCUGGCCCUCCCGGUCAGGGCAAUCCUGACCGCGGUCCUCCUGGCCCUCCUGGCCCUGGCAAUCCUGACCGCAGUCCUCCUCGUCGAGGGAGUGAAAACGAUAAUAAUCCACGCACUGGUCCUCCUAACACAGGCAAUGGAGAAGGUCCUACCCGUGAUAAAAACGAUGAUGAUGAAGAAAAAGAUAAAGACAAAAAUAAAGAAAAGGGCAAAGACAGUGGUAUAGGCGGCGGUGAUAAAAUUGGAGGAGGAAAUGGAGGGGGAAAUGGAGGGGGAAAUGGAGGAGGAAAUGGAGGAGGAAAUGGAGGAGGAAAUGGAGGAGGAAAUGGGAACGGAAACAAGCCAGGAAAAGAUCAUGAUCCGCCCAAGCAUGACCCUCCGCCAAAGGAUGACCCUCCUCCAUCCAUUCCAACACAGCAACCAGAUCCGACCAGAGAUCCUCCUCCAAACAAGCCUCCUCCGGACCCAAUGACCCCCCAGCAGCCAGGUCCGUCCAGAGAUCCUCCGCCAAACAAGCCUCCUCCGGACCCAAUGACCCCCCAGCAGCCAGAUCCAGCCUCAUCUCCUCCCCGGGACCCCAUGACGGAAAAGGGACCUGUGACUCGAACGAACGAGCCAGCUGACCCGCAACCUACAGAUGAACACCCUUCCUCUUCACAGCCUCCACCCCAGGAAUCAAAGCCAAGCGCGGAACCAACCGAAUCCCCCAAUUCUACCCAAGAUCCAAAGCCAACAUCUGCAGAACCAUCGGAGUCGCCCAAGUCCCCAGAGCAAACAAUAUCACCAACUGGGGAACCCGCUGAAUCCUCCAAUGGACCGCCUGCUCCAACUUCGUCUUCAUCCUCGUCUUCAUCCUCGUCUUCUCCCUUGACUUCUUCUACCACUCCGCCCGAGCCUCCCAAAUCCAAAGGCGGCAGCCUAAGCAAGGGCGGUGUCGCUGCUGGUGCCGUGUUUGGUGGAUUCGUCGUUAUAUCCCUAGUAUUCCUGACAUUCGUCUACUACAAACGGUGGAAACAUACGAGGGAAAACCAGACUGAUGAGAAUUCCAGCAGGCGGCUCUCUCCGUUUCCGCCAACUCCUCCAACAGGCGAUAUCCAGCAGACUCAAGCUGGAAUUGUAGACCACAAUGAGUCAAUGACAUAUGAUCAACACAUGAACUCAUUUGGUGUUCUAUCAAGUCCUUCUCAAGGGGACACAUAUCCUCCUAGCUUCGAGGAAAAGGGCAUUGCCUAUUCUACAUACCCUUCUAAUCAAGAUGCCACCUACCAGGCAUCAUUAAGCCAAUCGGGACAAAACGAAUUGCAUCUCCCCCAGGGUAACAUGGGUAAUACCACGCAAUCCAAUUCACUCAUUGCCUCGAGUGACCAUCAACACCAAUACAUGGCAUACUCACCAGAUUUUAUGGAAGAUGAGAAGACCAGCUUCCAUGCCCUUGGGGCACCUGGCCUUGCUCCACUACCUGAGUCAUCUCAGGAGAAUCUACAUCUACACAAUCCGUCAGAAGAAUAUAGACGGCCAAUACCGAAAAGAUACAGUGCCGUGAACUCACAUCAAACAGGACGAAACAGCCUCAUGCAACUUACGAGCCACAACAGCGCUGUAUACCCGGCCAACUCGCAAUAA